UAGAAACAGCUCCAAAAAAAAAAGGAAAAAAAGAAGGCCAAUGGCAUCAUCAUCUCCUCCUUUUGGUUCAUUAAAAUAUGAUGUUUUUUUGAGUUUCAGAGGUAAAGACACCCGCAAGACUUACGUGGAUUUUCUGUACGCAUUUCUUACACAGAGAGGAAUUUAUGCUUACAAAGACGACAAAACUCUUCCUCGGGGUGAUGCCAUCAAUCCAUCUCUCAUGAAGGCGAUUGAAGAAUCACAGAUUGCCCUUGUUGUAUUCUCCACAAACUACGCGGAUUCGUCUUGGUGUUUGCGUGAACUUGAACAUAUCAUGGAACGCUGGAGAAAGGGAGACAUGAUCGUUAUGCCUAUAUUCUUUAAUGUCACCACAUCGGAUGUCAAGGACCCAGAAGGCAAAUUCGCACAAGACAUAUCGAAAUUGGAUUCAAAACAUAGCAGCCAGAUUGAAUCAUGGAGAAAAGCACUAAUUGAUGCAACUGGGAUUGCCGGUUGGGAACCAAAGGAAAUGGCUAACGGGCAUCAAGCAGUUGGCAUCCAAGAAAUUGUUCACAUAGUUUCACAAGGAUUGAAACCUUUAGAUUCAAAUGCACAGAAAAAUCUGAUCGGAAUAGAGAGUCGUAUGGACGAUCUGAAAUCAAUGUUAAAAAUCGGGUCAGAUGGUGUGUGCAUGGUUGGAAUAUGGGGCAUUGGGGGUGGUGGCAAGACUACUCUUGCAUCUUCUGUUUAUACAGAUAUUUCUUCCAAGUUUAAUGCUAUUUGCCUUGUUGAAAGUAUUAGGGAAGAAGAAAAAAGACACGGUUUGAAAAAAUUACAAAAACAAAUUCUUUCGGCUGUUUUGAAAAAGAAAAUUAAAGUACAGAGUGUUAAAGAUGGGAAAGACCAGAUAGGAGGUAGAUUUCGUCAUAUAGAAAAAGUUUUACUUGUUCUUGAUGAUGUCGACGACAUUCGCCAACUACAGGCUUUAGCUGGAUCACAUGACUGGUUUGGUCCCGGAAGCCGAAUAAUAAUCACAACUAGAAAUGAACAUUUGCUUAAUGCUCACAAAGUCAACGCAACAUACAAUAUCAGCCUGUUGAACAAAGUUGAAGCUGAUUGGCUGUUCAGAAGGCAUGCACUUCGGAAGUGUAUACACAUGGAAGAUUAUGAGGAAAUUGAUGAGCUCUCACAAGAGGUGACUCAUUAUGCUCACGGCCUCCCAUUAGCCCUUGAAGUUUUGGGUUUGUCUCUAUGCGAUAAAGAUAUAAGUGAGUGGAGGAGUGCUUUGAACAGAUUAAAAGAUAUCCCAGAGGAUGACAUUUUAAAAGUACUAAGAAUCAGCUAUGACGGACUUAAACCCCAGCAACAAGAUUUGUUCCUAGAUAUUGCAUGUUUCUUUAGGCAAUGGCCAAAAGAUGAGGCAAUGGUGAUACUUGACGCCUGUGGUUUGCACCCUGUUAUAGGAGUAAAGGAGUUGAAACAAAGGGCUCUCAUUACUACUUCAAAUGAAAGGUUUGAUAUGCAUGACCUUAUACAUGACAUGGCUCACCACAUAGUACAUGGCGCACACCCUCACAAUCCUGAAAAUCAUAGCAGAAUUUGGCGAGAUGAAGAUAUUGACAACAUGUGUGUUCGGAAUGAAACAACGGAAAAUAGAGAGAUUUUAGCAUUACAUGCCCCGGACUAUGAGGCCCCACCAAAUCUUCAAAAAGUUGUAUCAAACAUGAAGAAUCUCAGGUCACUUUAUGUCCAUCAAAAGUUCACAAGAACUGUUCAAGAGCCUCUAUAUCUCUCACAUAUGUUGAGAUGGAUUUCUUGGAAAUGUUAUCCUGCUAGUUCAUUGCCGGCAAACUUCCAGCCAAGAAAUCUUGUUAGUCUAAUACUGCAAAACAGCUUGCUAAAAGAACUGUGGGAGGGUUAUAAGAAAUUUCCAGUUUUGAAGUUACUUGAUGUCAGUAGUUCAAAGAACCUGACCACCAUACCAGAUCUUAGAGGACUUGAGCAUCUUGAAAGAUUGGUGCUAUCUGGUUGUAGCAGUUUGAUAAAUAUGGAUUCCUCAAUUGGAUAUCUUGAAGAACUUGUUUACUUGGAUUUAAAUGGUUGUGACAAGCUUGAGAUGUUUCCACCCAUUGUUAAUAUGUGCAAACUAGAAAUCCUUAUACUCUCCAAUUGCUCUCGUCUUCAAACGUUCCCGGAGAUCCACGUACCCAUGGAUAGCUUGAUGCAUCUUAAUUUGGAUCACAGUGGAAUUGAAGUUUUACCCUCAUCAAUCGGAAGGUACUGCACCAAUCUUGCUUCGAUAAGUCUCACUGGUUGUGAUCAUCUAAUCAACUUUGAAUGCAACUUUCAACUAUUAAAAAGAAGAUGGUUGAUCUCAGUUGGUGGACAUGGCAAUUGAAACCACAUUUAGUCAAACUUUUGAUGUGAUUUUGACGCCUAGUUGUGUGGUUUCUUGAUUUUUACAGUAUAAGUUUCACGAUUUUUUACAUUCAAGCAUUCUUAUUUAUGUUUAUAUACUUUGUCGAUUGUGCACCUAUUUGAUUUAAGGUUGUUUUUGAAUCAACCAAACGAUUGGCUUUAGGCUAUUAUUAUUCUAAAAGAUGAAUGUAUCAAAUAGGUGCUUGAUUU